AUGGGGUCAGUCUUUUUUCUCUUUUUGCGGAUUUCUGAGAACUUUGUACAAUAUUUACACAAUAUUGGUUAAAAAAAUGAUGUUUUCUAGAUUUUUUUCUGGAGUUUAGAUUGCCCAAAAAAACUCCAAUCACCACUGCCAGAACUUUCCCAGCCAAUGCUACUAAAUUGACGAGUAUUCCCCAGGGUUUCAAUUGUAAUUACACGGUAGUUAUCAUUUUUAACAUAAAAAAAUAUAAUUUUUUUCAGAUAUCGAUUCCAGUUGGUUUUAUCGUUAAAGUUAAUAUCAAAGCGACAUUGAGCAGUAAAGACAAUGUUUUUCAUAACAGACUCGUUUAAGAAUAAUGUCAAGUUAGUUUUUUUUUUAAACCAUGGUCGCACGUGGAAUGGUUGACAGCAGACAUUUUGCUUUAAAAUGCGCCCGACUUGAAACGGUUCGCCAACCACGACUCUUUGAACCAUUUCACAGCUUUUUUCCAUCAGUUUUGGUUGGAGAAUUUAACCGUAUAUUCUCAUCAAUAACCAUUUUGUAAGGUGAGGCUGAUCCCUCUGAUCUCCUUCUUUGUUCCUUUUCCGAUGAAGACAGUUCCAACGAAGAAUUUAUCUCAAACUUGGGUAUUUAAACCAUAUAAACAAAAUAGAACGAAACAAAAUAUAAAUUACGACAAUAGAUAUAAAAUCGUGAAAAAGGAGAAAUGAAAAGUGGCAACGGGGAAGAGACCGAAAACUGCGGGCGACUGAACGCUGCGGACGGCGUUGCACAGUUCUGAGUCAGCGCGUCUAGAGUGGUACGGGUUGCGGCUGGCCAGAGGAGGGACCCCCAAAAGAAUUGAAACAGGCCAGAGACGUCGAGGGAAGGCCCUUUUCCUCUUUGGAGAGUGAAACCAGUCUCGUUAAUAACGGACGGUCUUUUGGCUCCUUGAGGGGACCUUUAUCCUCUUGUUCGACGUCUUUGGUCUGUUUAUAUGAUUGGUUGUGAUUUGAUUCACAACAUUUUGUUGAAGAUUACCAUUCACAUUUUUUGAUCAUUUACAAAGUUCCAUCACGAAAACUAAAAUAUUUUUAUAUACUUUGAAGCAUAGUCUAAUGUUCUAAGCCAAAAAAAGAUGAAUUUCAGAGUUGGGAUCGUCAAUAUAGAUACUGGAGCCGAGUACAACUACGGGCCUACUAGUGGAAGCCUGGCUAUUGUUACGACCACAAACAUGAGCCAACUUCUCAUCGAUCUCAAGUUUAUUAACGGUAAGCUCUUUUCAAAAUUUUCCAAAAAUUAUAAAAAUAGUAUUUUUGAAAGUUUAAAAUGGCAGUGACAAGUCAGAGAUUUCCUAAUUUUUGAACUUCACGAUGCAAUCGCAAGUUUGAAUUCUACAAUAUCAGCUAAUAUUUUUUUAAACGAAGAAAAAAAGUUUAUAAAAAAAUGUAGGGGAUACAUUUGAAAAAAACUAUAAUUUUUUUUAGAAUUUUUCUAUCUAGAGAUUAGUCUCCGAUUACUCUUUUAGGCUAAUAAUGUAUAAAAGCAACAAUUAAACAAAAAAAAAGCGGAUAAUUUUUAAAAAACAUAAUCGAACCUUCAAAAUCGCUUUAAAACAAUGUGACGAACUUCUGCUCAAUUCUGAAGUUGUAAAUGAUUAAUUUUUUCAGUUGCUGCCACUUACACGCCAAGAAACUUCAAUACCGGCCAGCCAGCUUCUCUUCAAGGGGCACGAGUCUCAGCCCUCGUCUUUGCUGCAAGCACGCCAAAUGAGAAAGUUUGUUUUUUUAAAGAAAGAAGAAAAAAAUUUCAGAAAAAAAUUUUUUUAAAAAACCGAGAGCAAGGCACAGAAAUAACGCCAAUGCACACUUGUUGACAUUUUCGUGAUGUCUCUCAAAUUAAAAAAACAUUAAUGUCGAGUAAAUUCAAAAAAAAAAAAACGAUUUUCAGGUAUUUUUAACAACUUGCUUCAAUUAUUCGAACCCACAAAAUGAUCCAGUUCCUUGGUUCACCUUUGUUUAUGACGGGAAAAACACGAAUGCGCCACUUAUUGGAACGUUAGAUAAUUAAUCAAAUGAUUAAAAUAUAAAUAAUAUUUUCAGACUGAACAAAGGAAUCAAAUCGAGUGGUCAAUAUUUGACAAUUGUAAAUCCUUAUCAGAGUACUAUGAGCGACUCCUACUUGAUCGCCAAUGAUUUGUCAAGUGAGUAUAUUAUCGUUCCAGGACCCUUUUUUCAUGGCUCAAGCUAUAAAGAAUAUUUUCAAACUUGCGUGCUUUGAAACAAAAAUCUAAGACAAGUUUCAGAACUUUCACAAUUCGACAUUUACUCUUGUUGGUCACUGGGUAAACAGUUCCAAUACUCUUUUUCCCUCACUGCGACCAAAAAGAAUGCCUACACAUUCUUGGCUAUGUACAAUGAUGAGAUCUACAUCAACAAGCUGGCUUUCGGCCAGGUUUUCUAUAAAAACAUUACCUACAAAUUGAAAAAAAUAAUUAUAGAACAGUAUUGGAAGUGCUUCUUUCAGUCCGUUGAGUCCGACUACUUCGACAAAUGCGAUGCUCACUUACAGGUUUCUAAAAUAUUUCAAGAAACCAUGUUUUUUCAAUUCAGGAAAAACACUACAAAUUGCCUUCCUCAGCUCAUUCCAGCCACUAUGACCACAUUGGUCCUUCAGCAAGACAAUAUCAACCUCAACAUAUCUCUGGACCGAGGUGAAGAGGAAUAAUAUAUAAGAAUAAUAUUCAAUAUAUCCGUCUGAUCAUUUUCUUUCUUUUUCGCUCGGAGAUGAAGAAUGAAAGGGUGCAGAAAGGACGGGCGGUUUCGGAUAGCAUUUAGAAUGACCUCAAGUGCUGCGGCUUAAGCUUGAAGCUCGUAAGCGCGCAAGUCGUUUUGUGGUCGGGUGCACCUUGUAGAAACCGUUAGCGUUGAACCAUUCUCACUGUGUCUAGCAUUGUUCAAGUCACGGAUUCAGGAGAUUAUAACCAGCCGUUUGUUGGCCGAUGCGGCUACCUUUACUCGCCCAGCGAGUGGGAUGGCCGUCAGAAAGCUGGAUUCAGCUUUUACCUGGGUAAGUUCAGUAAACCUGUUUUUUUUAAGCCAUCUCAAAAUAUUCCAGACGAUUCUUCCGUUCAAUACACUUUCCAAACAGCUGUACAAGAGCUCAAAUUGACUGCACCAGGAGAAAAUCUACAGAUUUGGUCAAGAACAACCAGUGCUACCGUUCCUUCGAAUUUGACGUCGGUUUUUUCUUUUUUCUCCGGCGUAGUGGUUAAAUUUCAGUUAUAUAAAUACCCUCAACAAUCAGCCAUUGGAAACGCUCGUAGGAAACACGCUGAAUGUCGUUUUCAAUUCGAAUACGGCAACCUCAAUGACAAAAGUCUACUUCAAUGUUCAAAAAUCUUCAUUUUCCGCAACUUUCGGAGGUCAGUACUAUACUUAAUUUAUAUACUUUUCGAUUCAGGUUUCUUCUUGGCGUUGGUUUGUGCGAUGAAGGUCUUCAUCUAA